UUGCCUCAGAUUCAAAGAAGAAAUUUAAUGGGGAUGUCCACUCAAAGUCCCUGGCAUAAGGGUUUAGGAGAACCUAGUUUUGCUCAGAUUUUAAAGAAGAACAUACCUCCUAAAGCUGAACAAAUGUUAAAUGUAACUUGCACACCGCAUGCUGGAGGUGCAGAAGAUUUAGAGACAGGUGUAUCCAGAGUGAUUCAAAUUUCAGGUCAGUAUCCAAAAUCACAAUUUGCUGACUAUGCUAAAUCACUCCCAAGCAGUUCUUUGCCACCUAAGAAGGUUUCUAGGGAAUUUAUUGAUAAAUACAGACGUGGCGACAUCAACCCAGUUUCAGCAUUACAUCAAUAUGCACAGAUGUUACGAAUACAGCUAAUUUUAAAAGAAACAGUAGCAGCAGGCAACAUAUUUGGACAAUACUUUGCAUUCUGUGCUGUGGUUGAUGGUGUUGAAUAUGGGACUGGAAUGGGCCAGAAUAAGAAAGAAGCAAAAGCCAAGGCUGCACAAUUAGCUCUUGAUGAACUUCUCGCCACAGAGCUGAAUAAAACUUCAACUUUGAAUUCUGCUGCAGUACCUGGUGAACAAAGUGCAAUAGCUGCAUCAAGUCUGUCUUCAGGAAAUCGCCUAACAAAGCUGGAUUAUGAAGGAAGAAAUUUGUAUUACAAAGCUGUUUCCAUAGCCUGCAGAGAAGUUUUUGACAAGCUGACUGCUAACCUGCCUGAAUAUCAGAAUUGCAGUAGUUCUUUGGCUGCUUUUGUGGUUGAAAGAUAUGGACAGCCUUAUGAAGUUAUUGCAAUUGGAACAGGAGAGAAGAACUGUAAUGAUCCCUUAUGUUCUGAAGGCCGAAUUGUUCAUGAUUCCCAUGCUGUCGUCACUGCAAGACGCUCACUAUUAAGAUAUCUCUACAGGCAUCUCCUUAUGUUCUACAACAAAAAUCCGGAUGUGAUGAGCCAGUCCAUUUUUUGCAUUGGUUCUGGACGAAAAGUUCUCACUGUUAAGGAUCAUACAAACUUCCACCUUUAUUUGAAUCAAUUGCCAAAAGGGUCUGCUCAGAUUAAACAGCUGCACUUGGCUCCUCAUUCAAUAUCUACUUACCAUACAAACAAAGAAAUGGAACUUCAUGUUAUUUGGGAUGGAAAAGUGUACUCAGUUAGUCAUUGCAGUUCUGAAGUAACUGGUUCCAGAAUGUGUAGCAUGUCUGCCAGUGACAAACUUAUUCGUUGGGAGGUUCUUGGAAUUCAGGGGGCACUGCUUAGUCAUUUUAUUGAACCCAUCUAUAUUAGCAGCAUCCUUAUUGGUGAUGCAAACUGUUUAGACACACGAGGUGUGGAGGUUGCAAUUAAACAGCGCAUUGAUGAUUCACUGACAUCAAAGCUCCCAGAUUUCUAUAUUGUCAGCAAGCCACAUAUAAGCCUUACGGAGACUGCUUAUCCCUAUCAGUCAGAUGUCGUUUAUAAAUCUCUCAGUCUAAAUUGGUCUCAAUCAGAUGGAUUAAUAGAAGUGGUGAAUGGUACAACGGGAAAGAUUGCUGCAAGUUCGCCAUUUAAAAGUGGUACCUCCAUGACCAGUCGAUUAUGCAAAGCAGCCAUGCUCAGUCGCUUUUAUCUUGUUGCUAAAGAAGCAAAUCGAGAAGAUCUGAUUGCAGUUCCAACAUAUCAUGCAGCAAAGGUGAUGGCAAAAUCAUAUCAAGAAGCUAAAAGUUUACUGAAAUCAUCAUUAGUGCGUCAUGGUUUUGGUACCUGGCUGGCCAAGAGUCCAAAUGCAGAAAUGUUCCAUAUGCAGUGAUGAGGCAUGCUGAGGCAAAACCUUGAUUACAAACUCUAAAUACAGUUUCUUUAUCAUCAGGGUACUGUUUACUCUCAUUUAGAAGAGAUUCAAAUAGAUCUUUUGUGAAAUAAUGAGCAAAGAACACAUUAAAAAUUCAUUAUAUCAUAUGCCUGAAUUCCCCAGACCAUGCAUUUAAUCAUAUAACAACUUUGGUAGCUAAAUCAUUUUCUUUGGAUUUGUCAACUUUUAUCAAUACACAUGUUCCUUUUAGUCUAGUUGCUGCUUUUCAAAGGCAGACUGAUGAGCUAUACAAUUUCAUUACUAAUGUUUCCUGCAAUACAGCCAUAGUAGAAAAGUAAUACAAUGGUAGAUAUUGUGGGAAAUUUUAUUGUUUCAUUGUCUGUGAAAUAGAUUAUUCAUGUACAAUGUUAGCUAGUUCACUGUUACAGUAUUUGAGUAAUUAUUAGAGGUACACAACUAAUAAUUAGAACUUUAGUCUACAGAGGCAUUCAGUUGCUUGAGCAAUUGCGCAGUUUGCAUCAGACCAAUUCUGUAUGUAAUAUGAUAGGAAAUGUGAUUUUUUUUAAUGCUAUGGAGUUAAAUGUGAAGUUAAUUUUUCCAUAAUGUAACACAAGUAAUGGAUAAUUUUUUGAUUUUAAACAAGUCUUCAAAAUAAACCUAGUUAUCUUUACUAAAAUGUUGACCAGAUUCACCAAAUGUAUAUUUAACUAUGCUCAUACUGUGGGGAAGAAACUGACUUCAUAUAGGCACUCAAAGUGAUAAAAUCAUGACAAGUCAUUCCUUGUUUAGAGAAUAGUUAGAACUAGAUACAAAUCCUGUCACUACAUCCAGUCUGGUGUCCAGUUUUUCCACUUUCUUUCAUCCUUUUGUCAAUGUAUCUUCUCUUCACACCUACAUUCAAAAGUGAAUUAGAAUACAGCAAUGACGAUAUGAAAAUGCAACUUCAAGAUAUGUUUUUAUGUUAAAAUUGAUAUCAAAUAUACAUGAGAUGUUUUCAGGACAGCAGUAAGUUAUCACUUGAUGGAUGUGAUAUUUCUUGCUCCAGUCCUGUAAAGACUGUAUGACUCAUUUUGGAUCACCAUUGCUUCUUGUGCACUUUUGAAAACAUUUAUUUAGAAUAUAAUUAAAUCUGUACAAAAUAUCAAAUGUUCUACAUUUUUGAUUACACAUCAGUGUAUUAAAACAAGAUUAAUGGCAUAAAUAUUUGUAAUAAUGUUAAUAGCUGC